AUGAAGUCGCCCUGGCGCAAUUCUCUAAUUCUAAUAGCUGCUGUAGCAUCGGGCUGCAGCGUCGAAACGCUUCAAAUCAAGGCACCCACUAUAGUGUCUCGCUUCGACUUGGGUGAUGUUACGAACCGAGUACCGGAAGCUGCGUCCAAGAUUGAAGAAGGAGCAAGCCGAAUAGUGGAAGACAUAUCUUCGAAAGCUACUGCUAUCUCAAAGGCUCUGGAGAGCAUACCAACCCAAGUGACUCUUGGUAUGGACCAAGUAUGCUGGCAUGCCUCCAAGACCAAAUGCACGCCUAUCUGGAAAGGCCCAGACGAAUGGUUUCCCGGUCCAUUAGCACAGUUUCUCAAGCUCGACGAUCGUCCAGUGCGUCUACCUUUUAGCCAUAUCGGUCUUCGUCGGUUGGCUAGUCGCGAGUUUGUGGCCGAGGAAUAG